CAUGUGGGCUGGUGGUCGCCAACAAUUAUAAGAGGUGAUGACCGUGAAGCAGUUCACAUUCCAAAUCAUAAGUUUUCGGUGAAUGUUGUGAGGAAUCUCACCCAGAGAUCUCAUUGGCGUAUCAAAACACACCUUGCCAUCAGUCACUUGGAUGUUAAUAAGAUUAAUAAUAUUGUAGCAGACAUGCGCAAAGUUCUUGCAAAAAAUCCUCAAGUGGAGCACAAGAGGUUGCAUAGAAGAGUGUUUUUAGACAAUGUUAACCCAGAAAAUCAGGCUCUUUUGAUCCUUAUCUCCUGCUUUGUGAAAACUUCACAUUUUGAGGAGUAUCUUUGUGUCAAG